AUAGUAAUUUGAGGUAACAUAGUUUUUUUUUAAUUUUCUGAGGAAACGAAGGUAACUUUUAUUUCUUUGCUGAUUUAUAUUAUUUUAGGAAGAAGACAAGUAUGAGAUUGUAUUCCAAUGGAUGCCCCAUAAAAGAGGGUUAAUAUAAUUACACUGAGAUCCCCAGGAUUUACCUCACUGACAAUGUUGCUGAUUUAUAGUGCCAUGCUUGAAUGCUUGAAUUUGUUUCCUCUACUGUUGUGGAUUUGUUUUUCAAGCAGGGACUCCCUAUCAGGAAAAUGAGAAAUGUGGUAAAGAAAUACAUUGAGGAAAUAAGUUUGAAGUACCCGUAUUGGGACAGAAACUUUGGUAUGGAUCACUUUUUUGUGAGUUGCCAUGAAAUGGGUUUGAAUGUUACCCAAGGAGUUCAGCAUCUAGUGAGGCAUGCAAUUCGAGUAGUGUGCUUUCCCAACAAAAAUGAUGGAUAUGUGAGGGUGAAGGAUUUGGCCCUCCCUCAGUUGCUGCUUCCAUUUGUAAACCAUGCCGCUGGGACUGACACAAAGAUGAGAACAAGACUGACUCUCUUGGCAGGGCAAGAUAGCUCAGAGUCAGAUCUUGACUUCCUGAUCAGCCGUAGAGUUUCUAUGCCUCGAAAGAGAACAGAAGCUAAUGCACUAUGGACCCCAAGUUACUAUACAACUAAGUUUUGCCUGUGCCCUCGCGGAUCUCAAAUGGACCUUGCACGGAUUGCAGAUGCCAUUCACUACGGAUGCGUUCCUGUCAUUUGGCCAGACCUUGAUGAUUUGCCAUUGUCUAGGAUUCUUCGAUGGGAGUUGUUCUCUCUUAAACUUAAGAAAGAUAUUGUCCAUGCUAUUGAGGUUGAGGAGUUUCUACAGAGCAUAUCUGAUGCUGAAUAUAAAGCACGGCAAAACAAUACUGUGAAGGUUCAGAUGCACUUCCAUUGGAAUUCACCUCCCUUGAGAUAUGAUGCUUUUCAUUGUAUUAUGUUACAACUCUUUGAGCGGUACAUGGACAGACAUCGUACUUUCGAAUUAGCAAAAGCAACAAAAAUAGAUUGGUGAUUGGUAUUCAGGUUCUGAAGCACUUCAAGUAUUGGCUCCUGAUGCACAAUCCUAACAACACUAGCAUAAAGCAUCAUCCUAUACACUUCACUCACUUCAGUUCAGUGUCUUUGAUUCUUGAUUGUGUUGGAAGCAUAAGGCACAAGUAGAUUUCAAUUGAUUUCUUGCAAAACAAAGUUACUUUAGCUGUUGUAUACACAACUUGCCCAUUGACAUCUUCCUGUAACUAAACGCAAGUACUCUUUUUUGGCUAGAAAUCUGCUUAUCAUUUUACUAGGAUUCCAUAUGAUCUGAAGCCUAAACCAAAUGAUGGAUUAUGUGUUGGCAAUCAAACCCUCUUUAUCAGUGGAGAGAUGGUAGAUUAGGUGCUUAAUCAUGUAGAAUUGAUAUUUCAAUUUGUGUUAGGUAUGGUGUUCAAAAGUUUAGGUGAGGGGUGGCACUUGGAUUGGAUAUGUCACCACAAGCCAGCCUCAUUAGGGACUAGUGACUGCCGUAGAUCUUCAAUCUACGAGGGACUGCUAGCAGCUAGACUCCAACUCAAGAACAGAUAAUAAAUAAUGAAUUUUUAU